AAAUGACUUGAACGAACAGUGUUGCCAUAAUCACGUUGAAAUUUCGAAUUUACUUGAUCAAUUCCAGUUUCCAGACAGUGCUCAUUCAAUUACAUCCAAUUCAUCAUGACUGACAACACUCAUGUUGUCUACUACGUCAAAAAAUCGCUCACAUAAAUCGUACCGUGUACACAAUGCAACGAUUCAACGGAACCUAUCUAUUUUAUUUUCCUCAUCGACGAUAUAGAGACAAAAAAAAAGGUUUUCAUCAAGAUUCACACACGCGUUCACCGCAUAUGUGUGUCGUACGUUUCACAUAUGAUCAGACAAAAUUGUGUGUAUGCGUUGCGUACGUGUGUGCGUGUGUUUUGUUAUUGUGGAUAAAAGUGUAGUCAUCUGAAGCAUUUACCGCUGAAACAAAAAAUGACGAAUGCAGCCGCAACUAUGCGAAUGUAAUACGACCGAGUGGAAUGAAUAGAGAGAGAGAGAGAGAGAGAGAGAGAGAGAGGAAAACCAACGUGCAAACAGUACGACGAUCUCCAGCCCAGAAAAAAGAGGAAAAAAAACAUUGAAACAACGUAGCGAGAAUAGCAUACGGGCCGCAUACACUCUUCACGCUUAGUACAUUUACGGUGUAUUUUCUCUGUUAUUUGUUUUCCUUUCAUUCGUUCUUACACGUUUAUGUUGCUGUUGUUAGUACGGAUCAUUUAGUUGUGAGUCGGCCAUCUGACGCGAUUGCUUAAAUCUCUGUGAUUUUGACUGCGUACAUUCAAAGUCAAACCCAGCAAAAAAAUCACUUUUCUUCAGAAUUAUUUUCCGUUGCGAUUGUUUUCUUCCAUUCGGCUUGCAAAUAAAAAGUAUUUGAGUUUAAAAAAAAAAGAGAGACAAUUGUUUCAUUCAAGUCUAUUUUUAUUGUAGAACUUUUUUACUUGAGCAAAUAGACCAUUCUCAUCGAAAGUAAAUGGUAGUUUUAUCUUCCGUGCUGCCUAUGCAUACGUGUGACAUUCGCAAACUAAAUAUUUGACUGUCGAAUGUUGAUGAACAACAGUAGCAAUAGAAGCAGCAGCAGUAGAGUUGGUGGAAUAAAACACUUAACAUCAACAAAGAAAUGUGAGAUAGUUGAAAAAAACCAACGGUUUUUGUGUGGCUAUUAGAUUGUAGCGACUGCGUGUGUGCUGUCCAUUAGAAUUUCGAUAGCUGACACGAUUCUCAACAGAACAUCACAACACAUUGGAUUCGGUGUUGAAUUGAAGGUGUUAGAAUCGGAAUGUCGAGCAAACGAGGACGAAAAUGUUCAAUAAAGACGUGCGACAACUUUCAACACACGCACAAACAUUUGAGUUUCUUUCGAUUUCCAAAAGAUGUAGAAAGAUGCCAAACAUGGAUUGAGAAAACCAAACGGUUUGAUUUACUGGAUAAGACCAAUGUACACGAUGAACGAAUUUGCCAGCAACAUUUUGAACCGUUAAUGUUUUUAAACCAAAGUCAAAAUCGACUCCAUCAGUAUGCAAUUCCCUCACUGUAUCUCACAAGCAAACCGCCACCAGUUCAACCACUAUCAACCAAUGGUUUGCACAUCAACGGUUUACCCAUGGACGAAAAACUGUUCAAUAACGCGUUGAUUGAUGCAGCGGCAGCACUAUUGUAUCAAAACAACUUGACCAUAACUCCAGUUUAUUCAUCAAAGCCAAAACCCGUGCAAAAUCAGUCAUUUUCUGAACCAAUCAACCUAUCGAUGGCCAGUCAAAAUGGCGUUCAUUCUCUGAACAACUCAAUAGUUUUCAAUAUAUCCGAUUCUUCCGAUGGAUCACCGAACAGCUCUGUGCAACUUGUCUCUUCUACAACAAGUCCACCAACAACAAAUGGUACACGAGUAGUACCGAGUCCGGUGGUAAAUACAAAUAUGAACGAAAAUGCAUUCAUCAACACGAGUUCGAUUUCCAAUGGAAAUGUCAGUUCGAACACAAUCACCACGAAAAUAUCAAAUGCUGGUGGUUUUCGUCGACCACGUCAAGUAUUUUCCAUGGAACAAGAAAACCAAUUGGCUGACUAUGUGCGAGAAACAUCACAUUACUACUCAGGUCUAUCAUCGAAGGAAGUACGAAUAUUGGCAUUUGUCUACGGUGUUUGUAAUCAAGUUGAAAUGCCCAACGGUUGGCACGAGACACAUCAAGCUUCCUUUGAUUGGUGUGUGGGUUUCAUCAAACGAACAAAACUUCCACCAACCAUGAUCACUGGCAUUUCGUCGAAAGGAUCUAGCAAACAAUCGAAGACAUCGACAUCGUUUGAGCUAAAAUCGAACAAAGCGACACCAACACAAGUCAAUGGCAAUUCCGUGAAAAGCAAUGGAAACACCGUCGAUAGCACUGCAAUCGAAAUAGAUUAAUUUCAACUGUUUAAUUUAUAAAACAUUUUCGUAAAGUUCCGUUAUUUAAAAAAAGACAUCGUUCCACUAGAUUUAGGAAAUAUUUAACUUUUGCUGUAAAAAAAAAUACUGAAGCCUUUCAAGAUAAUCGUAUAUUAAAAAUGUUGCCACGUAAAAUCAUAAAAAUCCGUUUACAUUUUUAUUAUCAAAAUGAAAAAUUUAUUUAGCUCAAUCAAGGCGGAGACAAGAACCUGAUAAAGACUUUCCCAAUUAACAAUUUUGUGUUAUCUUUGAUUUUGUUAUUCAAUGAAAUAAAACUAAGAAUUUAAACAUA